AUGGCAACAGGAAAUGAAUCAAAUUUAUGUUUAAUAUGCAAUAAAUCUUCAGCUAAAUACUUCUGCGUUGGAUGUAAAAAAUAUUUUUGUCCGAAGCAUGUCAAAGAACAUGAACAGCAACUGUCAGUGACAUUUGAUAAUGAAAUAGUUAGAUCACACGAUGAACUUCUUGAUCAAAUACAAAAAUUAGAAAAAUCAAAUUAUUUAUCAUUGGAUCUUUUUGCUCAAAUUGAAGAAUGGAAAAAAAUAACAAUUAACAAAAUAGAAAAAGCAGCAGAAAGAGCUCAUCAUGAACUUAUCGAGCUAAUUGAAAAACAAAGAAUAAAAAUAACAAAACAACUUGAACCAAUCACAAAGGAAAUUUGUUGUCGACGAGAAGAACAAAACUUUCUUGAAAAUGAUAUUGAUCGACUUAAAGAAAAACUCAAUGAAAUCCAGGAAAGAAUUCAACAAUUUAUUCUAAAAGAUACAAAUAAAAACAUCCUUGUUGAUAAUGAUCAAAUUGAUUGGAAUCGACUAAUCUACAUCCAAGGUGAACAACAAAACUGUGAGUAUAUUAAACUAAAGAUAUAG